UGCCUAAUCCUUUCCAAUGACAGGAGCAGCCAAAAAUGGAAACGUUGCAAAUAAUUCUAAUUUCUAAUUAAUCUUGGCAACACUACGGCAUAGUUUCCAAGUCAGUGUCGCCAUCCAAUAAAUAUAAUUGAUAAAAAUUAUGGUCCAGUAUCGCCAACAUCAGUUAAAAAAAUAUGUACACCCUUCUCCAUGGCUUUUAUAAGUACCUUGUACAGAAAGACGAGUAUUGCGUUUUAAUACUUGGUCUGGACAAUGCAGGCAAGACUACGUACUUAGAGGCAGCUAAAACUAAAUUUACCAAAAACUAUACAGGAACUCACCCCUCCAAGAUCACAACAACAGUAGGCCUUAAUAUUGGCAAGAUUGAUGUAGCUGGCAUAAGGUUGAAUUUUUGGGAUCUGGGUGGGCAGAGCGAACUACAGUCCUUGUGGGAUAAGUAUUAUGAAGAAUCUCAUGCCAUCAUAUAUAUUAUAGAUUCUUCAGAUAGAGAUAGAAUUGAUGAAUCCAAGGAAAUAUUCGAUAAAAUGAUUGCAAGUCAGUCAUUACAAGGGAUCCCUCUUUUAGUUUUGGCUAAUAAGCAAGACAUUCCUGAAUGCAUGGGUGUGAGAGAGGUUAAACCUAUUUUCAACAAAAAUGCACACCUUAUUGGAAAGAGAGAUUGUAUGGUGAUGCCUAUAUCAGCUCUGACAGGGUAAUUAUCUGUUUUAGAUUCAGAAGAAUGACUCAACAAAGGACUAAAAAUGGUUUACUGCUCCUUGUAUGAGUUUCAAACUUGCUUGCAUAACUAACUCAUAUUGAAACUGUUUCCAUUCACCUUUAAAGCUAACACAUAACUGAGGGAAUGAAAUUUUGUAAAACCACAUGAUUUAUUGAUUAAACUUCAAAUUUAUUAGUAUAAAGGCAAAAAUAUGUAAUGAAAUCAGAUAUUUUUCAACAUUUAUAUCAUCAUCUGUCAAAUGUAUGUGUCAUGUUUAGCCCAAUCCAAAGUCCCAAGGUGUCUGAUAGUGCUGCAAGGCAAGCUUAGAGUAAUCUCCUUCAACUUCAAUUUUUCUAAUUGCAUACCAGUUUAUCAAAUACUAUAUAUAAUUCCACACUAUUAAAAAAAGCCCAUCGACAGUGAUAAAGUUACUGCUGGUCGAGUGGCGGGGGACAUUGACAUUAUGCAUAAACAUCUCAAAAACAUCUUAUCAUUUGGUUUAUUUAGACCAUUUUAGGGCUCCCCAGUACCAAACGCGACCUUGAAUAUUAUGGCGAGAUGUGCACUUGUUAGUUACUCAAGAGUUGUCUUCAUUUCCCGUUAUUCUGCUCCCUACAGUAAACAAAAGAGUGACAGUCCAAAUAUCGGAGUCAGGCGACACUGUAACCGUGUUGCCGCUGCCUCGAUGCCGAAUUGGAUAUAAUAAGUUCAUUAUAUUGUCUGACCAGUCUGGAUACUCGCAUCAAGAUCGUCCCUCGUCUUUAUUCCUAAUAUUUCGCAUUCUCGGUAUCUUUCAACAACGGAAAAGAAAAUCAAUCAAAUCAAACUUAUCAGGUGAAGGGUGAACACGUGACAGCCGCUAGCCGCUUGAGCGCUCCGCUAGAAGAACAUACAAAAUGUUUUUUUUUUACAAUAUUUUCAAAUUCUCUUUGGACAUAUAGCAACGAGAUAAAAACGGAAACCUAGAUAAAUGGAUGCUCUAGACGGUCGUGUUUUCCAUUUUCCGAUAUAAUGCUUGAUUUUUUAACCACAGAAGUUACAAAAAUAUUAAACCAAAUAACACUCUCUUCAUUGAGCACUUCACAUUCAGAUGCUCAAACUCUUUGUUUGUAUCUUGAAAAAAACUGUGCAAGGACUGUGGAUGUAUAUUUUAUAUAGGAAUAAAAAAAAAUAUGGGGUACUGUAGUUUUAAGGUCUACAUGUAAACAUAGUUAUGUUAAUAUUAACCUACUAUUAACAGUCGCUCUAUUACCAAUAUAUUCUGAUCUAAUGAACGCAAAGACAUGUUACUUUUUUCUUCUAGGGAAGGCAUAGAUGAGGGUAUAAGGUGGUUAGUGGACUGUAUUAAAAGGAAUUCCUACUUAAGACCUCCAAUAAACUUAGAGGAAACAUAGGUUCGCUAAAACAGACUGAUCAAAAUGUAUUUGUAUUGUGUAAUAUAAGAAACUUCUCUUUUAUAUCAA